CUAAAAGCUUGGAUUAACGCCCCUGUCUGUCUGUGUGUCUUGCCAACUCAGAAUCGAGUUUGACAGUGCAACGUGAAAAUGGACGUCCCAUCUGGCUUCAGACAGCCUGGGCAAAAGCGGAAGGCCAAGGGCACCAAGUCACAGAAGCCCCAGUUGUUUCAAGACACCAGUUCCCCUCCUCAACCAGGACACUUUCCUCCCCCAGGCAACUAUGGACAACCACAAGGUUAUGACCCUAGUGGUGUGCCACCUGGUGGUCCAAAUCAGUUUCCAGGACAACAGUAUAUCCAGGACCCCAUGGCUAACAUGGCUAUGCAAUAUGGCUCCUCAUGGGCCGGCCAGAGUAAAGAUAUGCUCAACAAGAAUAUAGAACAGUAUGUAGCGACGUCCAAAAUCAAAUAUUACUUUGCUGUAGACACAGCUUAUGUUGGCAAGAAGCUGGGGCUACUGGCUUUCCCUUUUACACACGCAGACUGGUCCAUUAAGUACAACCAGGAUGAGCCUGUAGCUCCAAGAUAUGAAGUGAAUGCUCCUGAUUUAUAUAUUCCAGUAAUGGCAUUUGUCACGUAUAUCUUGGUAGCCGGUCUAGUACUAGGAACACAAGACAGGUUUACUCCAGAGCAACUAGGAAUUCAAGCGAGUUCCGCCCUUGUUUGGUUUAUCAUUGAGUUGCUGAUUGUCAUGUUCACGCUGUACGUGAUGAACCUGAAGACAGACCUCAAGUACCUGGACAUCAUGAGCUACCUGGGAUACAAGUUUGUAGGAAUGAUUGUGUGUCUGCUGGCAGGCCUAGUAUUACAAGGCAUGGGCUACUACGGAGUGCUGCUCUGGUUCAGCAUCACACUCAUCUUCUUCCUGGUUCGAACGCUGAGGGUGCAGAUACAGCCUCACAGUACUGGGGACGACUUCUCCCGUGGAAACAAACGCAGCUUAUAUCUUAUACUGACUAUAGCAAUAUGCCAACCCUUGCUUAUGUGGUGGCUCACAUAUCAUAUCAUGUUUGGACGGAAACAGUAGACAUGCACCAGGAGUAGUGGCCGGACGAUACUUGUCGCUGCUAGAGUACAGAGGGCACGGGUGGUCCAGCCUCUCGGCACAGUCAGGAACAGCUGUCCUGGGUUCAGACCCAGAUUCGUCCCGGUUAUGACCCAUGGUCUGUCAGCUUUAUACCAGUGCACCUGGGUUUCACCUCGUGUGGUAAACUUCCAGGGUCUGUGUCACUUCGGGGUUUCCUCCCACAUCAAGCUGACAUGCCGUGAUAUAACUGAAAUACUGUUCCGAGCGGUGUUAAUCCAACUCUCAUUUACUUGGCUAGAGUAAAGUUACUAAGUCAUACUGGACCAGAUGUGUUAUGUUGAUGUGCAGAGAUAUCAGUGCUAUUUGCAUUGAGGAAUUGUGAAUGUGUCAGUGGACUCCAUUCAAUAUGUUUGCAUGAUAUAAUGUAUUAUAAUGACAAGAAGAAUAUAUUCACCCUCAAGAAAAGAAUGUUCUUGUCUUCCUGGUAUCAUGGGAUUUUAAAGUGUUUUUGCUAUCUUCUCUUUUUAAAAAUCCUUACUAAUCAAAGAGAUCCAGUUAUGUGACAGUGCUUGAGUAAGGAAGGCUAGCAGUGACUGGGUUUGACAGACCCUCAACCCUAGGAGGAAAGAAACUAUCAUGUUGAAAGUAAUUUGUAUUGUGGUGAUGUUAUUAAGAAUAGGUUCUUCGAAAUCCUGAUUUGCCCCAAUUAUGUUUCUAGGUUUGAGAGCACCAUACCUAUGCUGUGGGUUUCACCAAAAUGGUAAACAUUAAGACCUGCAUCACUUCAGGCUUUUCUCCCACAUCAAGCUGACUUGCCGUGAUAUAACUGGAAUACUGAUAAAAGCGGUGUUAAACUCAACUAACUCACAAAUAGGUUCCAUACUUAGAAGUGACAUAAUUAGACCGACGUUCUCAUCUUAUGUAUACUUGCAAAUAAUUCAAAUGGCGCAUCAGCCAGAUUCCCAGCCAGUGUUUGAUACGGUAUUGUGUCCUUGUGCAUAACUGAAUCUUUGAAUAUACAGUGUAACACAAUGAGUGAUUAUUAAUGGUUACUGUUUUGAACAUAUAUACACCUUGUAUCACGUUACCUGCUGCUCCUUCCUACCUUUCAUGUAUUCCGAACUUCCAGGGAUCUUUUGGAAAUAUCUACAUAUUACACUGGCCUUAUUUUGAACAAUGUCCGAGAUAUUACCAAUACCUGAUGGUUACACCAGUUGGUAUACAAACCAUGUGUGUUCUUCCAGAUGGUUGCAAGGACUUAAAUGAUUUGAGGAGCAGAGAUAGCAAUUAAAAAUGUACCGGUAGUCAAACAACUAUUGACAUGGAAUAGUUACAAAACGUCAUUCAAUAAACAAGUUUGGUAUCUGUGUUUCAAUAUGUGUAUCCCACUUUGUAAACUGAAACAAAUGUGUUUCGUCAGAAAAUAUAUACAGCAUACGAUUAUUUUAAUUUUCUUUUUUUGAUAUGGACAUUUACUGCUCAAUUAUUUUCCAAGUAUAUGUAUAGUUUCAAAAUGGCAUUACACUGCACCCAAGAUGUCGUUAAUCGAUUUCGAUGGGAACAAUGCCAUCUUGAUUGACAUUUUUAAUGUUUCUCAGAGCAGUUGGAUAGCCUUUGAUUCGAGUUUUUCCUUGUGCAUGAUCAGAUUCAAUAUCUUACAUUGGUACAUGUAAAUCAUGCUGUUCCCCAAACACAUUCUUGUCCCCUGCUGAUUAAUAUUUAUCAAAAGCUGUUUAAAAUCUUACUUAUAUAAUGUUUUCUAAAAGAAGUGAUUUUAUACAUUGAUUAUUUCUAUACCCUCUUCAAAUGUCUUAUGACAAGUUGGAGUUUUAUUUCUGUGCUUGAUAGUUUCUUUGAUUCAUACAUUGUACAAAGAGCAUGUUCAUAUUUCAUCUGAUAUUAAGGCUAAAAAGAAUAAUAGUCUUGGUCCUCAGGCACUGCCCGCAUCAUCAUAAAGUCUGCUGCACGUUUUGUUUUUAUUUCCAUUUCCCCAAAAAUAAAAAAAUCCUAUA